AUGGUCCAGAACAUCCAGGAGCUCAUUGCGCAGGGUCAAGUCGAGGAGGCUGACUCCGAGAAUCCUCCGCCAGGGCUUGUUGGCGGUGCUCUCUACGUGAAUUCGUUGGCCGGUGAUGAGGGCGACUUUAUCACCGAUUCGCGAGCUUCCAUCUUUCAGGGCAUAAUGAAAGCUCUGAAUGAUGAGAAGGUGAAAGUGGUUGGGGUCUACGGGCCUGGCGGCGUGGGGAAGAGUACGCUGUUGGAGAUAGUCGAGAAUAAACUUAGGCAAGAGAGGGGACCGUUCCGCAUGAUCGUUAAAGCGGAAGUCUCGCGGACUCCGGAUUUAAAUAAUAUCCAAGGCCAGAUUGCUGACGCCUUGAGUCUGAAUCUGAAGGACAAGGAAAGCCAACAGGGAAGAAGAGAUCUUCUGUUUCAGAGAUUGCAGAGGGAUCCAAAUGAGAAGGUUCUCAUAAUAUUGGACGAUCUGUGGGAAGCACUUGAUUUGAAGGCAGUUGGAAUUCCUCUGGGAGAUGAGAUCAGGAACUGCAAAUUGUUGCUCACUUCGAGAGAUAAAAGUGUGCUGGAGCAAAAGCUGCAUGCCGAACAAACAUUUCAUCUGACAAGUUUAGAGGAAGACGAAGCUUUCAAGCUAUUUGAAAAGAUAGUCGGCGACAAGCUCAGAGAGGAUGAGGAAUUGAAAGUAAAGGCGGCUCAAGUGGUAACCAAGCUUGCAGGUUUGCCUCUUUUGAUUAACUCCGUUGCAAGCACCUUAAAAUGUAGUAAAGUGUCCACGUGGGAAGACAUGUUAAUAAAAAUAGAAGACCCACAUAAUGAGAGAAUAGUGAAGUGGAGUUACGAUCAUUUGGAGAGUGAGGAAGCCAAGUGCUUAUUCUUGCUUUGUGGUCUUAUUGGUGGGACCAUUGAAGUCGAACUUUUGCUGGGACUAGGCAUGGGUUUGGGCUUGUUUGAGGGAUUCGAUAACAAGAUGCAAAGUUCAAGGAAUAGAUUGAAUACGAUGCUCAAUAGCCUCCAUUCCUUUUGUUUGUUACAGGAUGGUGGUGAUGGUAAGGAAAAUGUGACCAUACAUGAUCUUUAUAGCGAGGUGGUUGUCUCGAAUGUAUUUAGUCGGAAUUCCUUAAUGAUUAAUAACAAUUAUGGCUCAUGGCCAAAGGAAAAGCUUGAGAAAUGCUGGGCAUGCUUAGUUAAUGUUGGCAGUGGUAGGCUUGCUGAACUAAUGCUGCAUCGGUUUCCCCAUGUGAAGAUACUUAUGUUGUUGAAACAAUACGAUAGGGGAGAUUGCAGUAAAAUGGAUUUCACAUACAUGGAGGAGCUCUGA